AUGUCAGCAACCAUAAGUAAUAAAUCCCACUCCGCUCACACUAGUCGCGACCUGCAGACCUCGGCGAAACCCGACUCUGACACUGUCUAUCCAGUGGGAACACUCGCAAAGACCUUCACGGCUGGAGCGCUCGGAAUUCUCGUUCACGAGGGUCAGCUCAAGUGGGAUACGCUGGUGCGGGAUGUGCUGCCGCAAUCUCGAAGCCGCGAUGUCACGGUCUCCCACAACUUGACGGUCCUGGAUCUUCUUUGUCACCGCGGUGGGUUGGCUCGGUCGAAUCACUGGUGGCAAGGGGCUGGAGGUGUCCUCUUACAGGAGAAAAGCUAUGCCAUCCUCGGUGAGAUCAUCGAGCAAGCCCGUGGCCUGAGCUACAGAGACCCCCUUGUUGAAAAAAUUUUCAAGCCUCUUCAACUUGACCGAACGACGACCGCCGACCCAGUAGCAACUGCGUGGCCUAACAUUGCGAAGCCGUAUGCUGCGCUGGACGAUGGGUCCCUGUACCCACUGCCACAGCCCCCAGUGCAUGGGGACACCAUCAUAGUCCCAGCCAUGGGGAUAAGCAGCUCAGUCAAUGACCUUCUUAAGUAUAGUGUCGGCCUCCUGCGGGCACACCGUGUCGAGUCUACUGCAGGUAACAUUGACGAUAUCAUCCUGCACAAUGCGACCACCCAUCUCGCUGAGCACAUCUUCACCGCUGAAACACUACCUAGUACCGUCAUGGGAAUGGGGUGGAAUUCAUUGUACGUCGAAAAGAUGCCAGUCUUGACUCCCCGUGGCCAUUGUGGCCAAUUGAUCUGCCACGGAGGCAGUAUACCCGGAUACCACAGCGCACUCGCUCUGCUCCCCCAGAUUGACGCCGCCAUUGUAGUAUGCACCAACUCCACUGGUCUCGGCGAUUCCUCCGGCUGGAUCAGUAUGGCGCUGAUUGAAGCAUUGGUUGAUACGCCAAGUGCCAAUGACUUCAUCCGAUACGCGACGGAGGCUGCCAAUGGCCAUUUCAGCAGCGUACCAGCCCUUAUGAAGAAACUGGAAGAGGCACGGACAUCAUCUGUCCCACGUGAUCUUUCUCAGUAUAUCGGACGGUACAUCGACACCGAGCGAGACUGGGUAAUCGACGUCCGCGCGAAGGAGCCGGGUCAGCUUGAAGUUUUCUUCCAAGGACUCGAGAGUCAAGCAUGGCCGCUCAACCACUAUGAACGGGAAAUGUUCCUGUGGAUCACGCCGAGGGAUACCCAGGCCAAGCGAGCUCGCAUGACCACGUACUCGCAAGGAGACAUCUUCAAGUUGGUAUUUAUGGGAUCUGAUGACUCGAUUGACCGGGUUUGUUGGCUACAGGAGCCGGGCCUCUUUAUGGACAAGCAAUGUUUCAUGAAGGAACCGCCAAGUGGACGCCUGGGUUGCAUUACGGAACCCGCGGGACGGCAUCCGUCUUGCGCGGCUUUAUGGACUGAAGGUGCAGCCUACCACACUAAUUCUCCAGUUAUUACCACUGAAGUGUGGGGUUCGCUUGACACACUUCGCGCAUUUGCUGCGGCAGGUUUACGGCACUGUUACUUUGAAUGUCCAUUAGUUAGCCUCCAAACGAUAACAAUUCAGUGA